GUAAUGUUUGAUAGAGUUAGAAUUACUCUGGGUGCAGAAGUUGGCAGUUCUUGCUCACGUGUGUAUCACCUACCUAGAACACCCCAAACCACAGAUUACUGGGAAGUCCUCUGGAGGCAGGGCCUCUGCUUUGCCUGUCGGUACAUCCUCCAACCCUGCUGUUGCUUCCAGCAUCUCGGUGCUCCAAGACUUACGGCUGGGUCAGGUCCUGGGGAGUCUUACCUGAUGAAAAAGGCAAAAUUCAAAUAGCAUAAAAACUAUUGCAGAAACGCCGCUUUCAGUUCAGGAAGCUUAGUGACCGGAGGAUGCUCUGCUUAAAUAGUUAGGCUCCUUAUCCCAUCAGCAUCUCUGACGGGACGGGCUAACUGCUUACUUAAGCUGCGAUAAUCUUAAAACUGUCAAAGUCAGAUGUGCGUCUGACACUGCAAGAAUUUAAAGACCUGAGCAGUAGAUAAGCAGGCAGCUCAGAAGCAGCCCUGUGCUCCCUGCCCUGCGAGAAGAGCUCCAUGAUUUCAUCUGACGCAAGGAAUCAGGCAGCAGUGAUGAGCUACCUGGAUGGAGUUCCCUUCCGGACUGCCAGGAGCCUCGACGGGGACUCUGGAGGAAAAAACACUUUAAUCACUGCCCCGGCCAUCGACCUACCCGACUGCGCUGAUGUCCUCAUGAGUACCAUGCACGACUUCUCGCUGGAAAGAAAAGUGCUUUACUGGGUCGAGGUGGCCUCUCAGCAGCAAACCUCCCGGCAUCGAGUCACCUCCGAAGUCGUCCCCACAGCUCCGCCGUGCUGGCUGCUGCUGGUGGACCCCGCCGACAGCUACGGGGGCAGAGCGCGGGACGGGGCGGUGCGGCGCUGCAUCAGCCUCAGCGCUGCCGACGGCAGCUACGGGCAUGUGAAGGGCAGAGGUGCCUUGUCCGACACCGAGAGCGAGACCUGGCACUCAGAGGAGGAUGAGUACUCGGAGGAUGACGAGUACUCCUCGACUUCCUGGGAAGAGAACGACAAGGAUGAAAAGGUUUCCAGGAGGAGAAACGCUGGGAGAGGUGUGAUGCCGCGUCCCAGCUUUUACCAGACCCGACCAAAGACAUCACCCGGCUUGCUGGAGCCCUCGCCGGAGAACAACAGCCACAACCCAGCCAGCCCGGACCCGAGCAAGCAGAGGAGAUCCAUGGUGAUAUUUAACAACAUGAAGAAUGAGCUGGAAGCAGCCAGGAGGAAGCUGGCUGCUUUGGUGCAUCCUUUGAACAGAGCUGCUACAGAGAGCGGAGGGAUCCCAGUGCCACAACCGCUCGCCCAGUGCCCCCGCACCAGCCGCAGCGUCAAGUACGGGCCAGCCCCGGAUAUGUCCCACCUGGGGACCUUGGUGCCAGCUCCUCCAGUCACAGCUGCACCGAUCCCCCCGAUCAAACGGCAUAAGCCCACGGUGCCGUCCCUCAGCCCCUACACCUGCCUUCCCCCUGCCUCCACGCCUGCGCGACCCCUCAGUUCCCAGAGAUCCCAGCAGGAUUCGGCGGCUGAUCUGCUCGCGGCGCUGAGCCAAGAGGAGCGAGACCUCAUCGAGCCCGUUAUAGCCUUGGGCUACCCCACCCGCAAAGCCAUCCUCACCCUCCAGAAAACUGGAAAGCAAAGCUUAAGUCAGUUCCUGAGCUACCUGGGCGCCUGUGACCGGCUGCUGAAGCAGGGCUACGAGGAAGGGCAGGUGGAGGAGGCCAUGGAAAUGUUCCAGUACUCAGAGAAAAAGGCAGCUGAAUUCCUGCAUUUGUUAGCUCAGUUUAAUGAUAUGGGUUUCCAGCAAAACGAAAUCAAAGAAGUUCUUUUGCUUUGUGGGAAUCAGAGGGAGAAGGCGCUGGAAGAGCUCGUGAUGAAAACUCAGUGACCAGCGUCCUGGACCCCAGGCACCACUUCCCCUCUCCAGACCAGGCCACUGAAGGACUCGGGUGGGUUGGCAGGCGCUGACCCUUCUGCUGCUCCAUCCCUGGCCUGAGCAGCCUGGGCACAAACCUUCAAAGCACCAGCUCGGUGUCUCGUCUCGUUUUACGGACAUCCAUCACAAGCGUGAUUGUCAGUGCAUGAAGGCAGAGGCUUUAUAACAGGAGUGUUUAUCUCUUCACCCACACACCUCCGCCCUUCAUCGUCUCAGCUGUUUAGAUUAGAUACAAUAAGAUCCAAACCGCCUUCGGCUUUGAUUUUUUGCAAAACCCAAACCACAGUUUUCUCCCUCUACCUGGGGUGAUGGGUGUCGUGUUUUCAAAUACAAUCAAAUGUGGAUUCUUAAAAGAUUAUAUAAAUCAACAAGAAGAGAUUGUUUUCAUAAAAACCGAAGGCUUCUGCAGAAACAUUUGUUGGUCCUUGCUUGGGAAGAGUCUCAGCUGACUUAGUCGUGGUUGAACACUGUAACUGAAAUCCAGUCCGAUCACAUUAGCUUCUCCUUUUAAACCAGAAACUUGAGGAAAAUACACAAUUCAAUGAGGGUAAGGAAAGAAACCAGCCUGCCCUUGCUCUAGAAACACAUCGAGUUUAUCCAGUGCAAUGAAGGAUGGCUUACGCAAGGGUUCGUGCUCGGGGAACUUCAUGAAAUCAGAACAGAGAGGUGGGGAUUGGCUCAGCUGCCCUCAUGGUCUGCCCAGAUCAGGAAAAUUGAGGGAAUGCUUCCCUCAACUGUGGAGACAGUGGCUCCGAAUGAAGUUAAUCAGGAAUGUCAGGAUCAGGAAAAUCUGGAUGCCAGGGGAGUUUUUGUAUGUAACUGAAGGAUGGAGAAUGGGAGAUUCAUAUCUCCUUAUGGGCUUGGUGGUGGAACAGUGGACAGUGUUUUCACAAAAAAGUAUAUUAUUUUCCUGUGAAUUAGAUACAGAUGUAAUUUCUUUGAG